CCACAAUCUAUACUCUCACUGUCUUCACCUUUCGAAUUCAGUCAUGGCCAAGCGCGUCACUCUGUCGCUCGCAACCGAACAAGGCUCCGGCGCACGGUCAGCCAGGUCGACCAAGACCUCUGCAGGCGCAGGCGGCUCGAAGAAAAGCACCAAGCUUGCGAAGGGCAAGGUGAACGAAGGGUCCGCCAAGAAGAAGGCGCAGGAGAUGGAGAUGGAGAUGGAGUCGGAGUCGGAGAGACGAACAGCGCGGACACGCAAGAACGCUUCUGCGUGGAUGGUGGAAGAUGGAUACUCGACGGAUGAAGAGCAACCAAAACCCAAAAAAAGAAGCAAGCCAGUACAGACGAUGAGUUGGACAUGGACGUGCAGGAUCAGACUACUGAAGACAACCCGGAGGAUGAGGAGAUGGAGGAUGUCGCUGCUGAGCAGCUUAAGGCCUCUCGGCCCAAACCGACGCCAGCAUACGGCGAAUUUGCCAAGCCCGGGACCGCCUUGGAGUCUGCCGAGGAGGAUAUUGCACACAUGUGGAGGGCGCAGUUCAGUCAAAGAGAACAUAGCUAGCAAGGGAGGGGAACUGAAGACGAAGACGAGGAUGACAAAACCCAAGUCUGCCGGCGGCAGCGGCAAGUCGACACAGGGAGCUGGCAAAGCGACGGCGAGUGCCAAGGACAAGAACGACGAGGACGAGGACGAGGACAGUGAUGGUGACGACGAGGAUGACGGCGGGUCCGAGGGUGAGGGUCCAUGGAGUAGGUCUGACGGUGCGGAAGAUGAAGAUAUCGAGGUCGAUGAGGAGGAUGAGGGCGAUGAGGAGGAUGAGGCGAUGAGGAGGAUGAGGCGAUGAGGAGGAUGAGGGUGAUGAGGAGGAUGAGGGCGAUGAGGAGGAUGAGGGCGAUGUGAUAGUGAGUACCCUGCAAUUGAUCAAACAUCAUAAGCAUG